AUGCAGCCUGACCGGCUGAUUAAGGCCAUCACCAUCACCGUACAGAUUCUCAUCAGCCUAGUCCUCUUCGCCAUCGUCCUUCCCUUCUUCAUCCUAUGGCGUGCCCCAAUAAGCCUCCUCUACUUUAUCAAGAACGAAAAGCCACAGGAAAAGAACGCAGACCAAGAGAGAGAAAGGCUGCAAGGCCUGCCAGCGGACGAGGAAGAAGAAGAACCGAGACCACCCCCACCUCCAGACCUCCACGAGCGCGCCCUCGCACCCUACACAGAACGCUGGACAGCCUUCAAGGACCUCGACAUCAACAAACCCCUCGUAGCCCACUGGUCCCGCGUAGCAUGCCUCUCCCUGCUCACGGUACAAACCACGCUCACACUCGCCCUCCUCGAGAAAUCGCUCGUGUACCACAUCCCCUGGUUCGUUACACACCUCUCGGACACAGACUACAAGACCUCGAAGAAGAAGCUCUGGCUGAAUGACUUGCUGCUACAUGUAGCCUGGCUACUUAUGACAUGUGCGCCCGUCGUGGGCCUGUUAGGCGUAGGCCUGGGCAUCGCGUACUAUAUGGCUAAAGCGGCGAGUGAGGACAUCCUCUUCGAGCAGCCCGGAGACGCGGCGGGUGGGUAUCAAGAUACGGUCCAGCAAACGCCACCUGUAGUGGUCCAGCCUCCGGCACCGGCGGCAAGGUUUGAUAAGAAUCCUUACACUUUAGCUGGCAUUGCGUCGAUCUGGACAGGUCAGAAGGAGAAGAUAAAGGGUGGCUACGACGGAAGAGACGUCAGGAAGCAGAACUUCGCUGACGAUAUUGAGAUGGCGGAUUGGGUGGGUAGGAAGUAG